CGUGUGAAUGUAGACUUCAUUUUUGUGUUUAGCAAAGUGUGGCUGAUCCUGAAAUAGAGACUGCUUAGAUGGCAUAGUUGAAAUACACUGCUUCCAAUUAUUUUCUUCUAUGACUAACAUCUUUUUAAGUAGUCAGAAAUUCAGUAUCCCAUCUCUUAAGUAAGCAAAUUUCUCCGAAAUAAAUAUUGAGAUCCCUUCUGAAGGAACAUGUUAAACCAAAGGAACUGAGAAGAUGGAAACUUUGUGGAAGCUUUCCUAGCGCCUUCAGCAGGGUAUUUGGCUUCGGCAGAUGGUCCUUGCUCUGUCUUUAUUAGGAGCACAGAUAAGUUCUGAGUAUGUGAAGAGAACAGCACUUUUCAAGCAAAGGAUUGCUUUCUGUGAUGCUGGAAUAUCAUGCUUGUAAACACUGUAAAACUAAUCUCUGGUCAGAGGUGUUGAGUCUGAACAAUGGCCUAAUGAAGAUGUGCAGCAAAAUGGGUUGAAUGAGCGCAGAACUACCUUAUUCUGAGUUUUGUUUUCAUCAUGUUGUACUACCAGUGCUGGCAGAGCUGAAAAUUUCUGCGUCUUGGUGCGAGCAUGUAUAAAAGGAAUGACUUCAAGGCCAAUGUGAUGGUCACCUCUGCCACUCCAGAGGGUAGUAGCAGCUCAGAUUCUCUGGAAGGGCAGAGUUCAGAUUAUGCCAAUAAGAGCUAUGAUGCAGUUGUAUUUGAUGUAUUGAAAGUAACUCCUGAGGAGUUUGCUAGCCAAAUUACAUUAAUGGAUAUGCCAGUAUUUAAAGCUAUACAGCCUGAGGAACUAGCCAGCUGUGGGUGGAAUAGGAAAGAAAAGCAUAUCCUUGCUCCAAAUAUUGUUGCCUUCACUAGGAGGUUUAACCAGGUCAGUUUUUGGGUUGUGAGAGAAAUAUUAACAGCACAGACGUUAAAAAUAAGGGCAGAAAUACUGAGCCAUUUUGUGAAAACUGCUAAAAAGCUUCUAGAGCUGAAUAACCUUCAUUCUCUUAUGUCUGUGGUGUCAGCACUACAAAGUGCCCCUAUCUUCAGACUCACCAAAACCUGGGCUCUUUUGAAUCGCAAAGACAAGACCACUUUUGAGAAGUUGGACUACUUACUUUCUAAAGAGGACAAUUACAAAAGAACACGAGAGUACAUCAGAAGCUUAAAAAUGGUUCCAAGUAUUCCCUAUCUAGGAAUUUAUCUCCUCGACUUAAUCUACAUUGAUUCUGCAUAUCCUGCUUCUGGCAGCAUUAUGGAAAAUGAACAAAGAUCCAAUCAAAUGAACAAUAUUCUCCGAACAAUAGCUGAUCUGCAAGUCUCCUGUAACUAUGAACAUCUUACAACACUACCCCAUGUACAAAAGUAUUUGAAGUCUGUCCGUUACAUUGAGGAACUUCAGAAAUUUAUGGAAGAUGACAAUUAUAAAUUAUCAUUAAGAAUUGAGCCAGGUAACAGUUCUCCUCGACUGGUUUCCUCCAAAGAAGAUCUCACAGGUCCAGCUGAAGUGUCAGCAAUUAUGAAAUUCAGCAGGAGGCCAACGUGUCCCGACACCUCAGUAGCAGCAAGUCUGUCUACACCUCCUGUACCAAGGCACAGGAAGAGUCACAGCCUGGGAAACAACAUGAUGUGUCAGUUCAGUGUGGUGGAGAGCAAAAGCGCCACUUUCCCGACGGAGAGGCCGCGCCACCUCCUGGAUGACAGUGUCCUGGAGUCACAGAGCCCGACCCACAGCCACAUGCUAAACUCGCUUUUCACCAAUGGCAUUUCCAUAGAUAGCAGUGAAAGCUCAGAAUUUAGUGAGGAGCCGUCAUCAGGACUUGAAAGGGGUCGUUUAUAUGCCACGCUGGGGCCGAAUUGGAGGGUGCCAAUCCGGAAUUCUCCCAGGAGUCAAAGCUGUGUCUACAGCUCAACAGGAGCCUGCAGCUGCACAUUAGGUAGUUCCAUGGGAGCAGUUACCAUGGAAGGACCCUUAAGAAGAAAAACAUUGCUCAAAGAAGGCAAGAAACCUACUCUCUCUUCAUGGACUAGAUACUGGAUUAUGCUUUCAGGAUCAAAUCUUCUGUACUUUGGAGCAAAAUCUUUAAGAGGCAAUGAAAGAAAACAUUACAAGUCUACACCUAGUAAAAAGAUCUCCAUCGUGGGCUGGAUGGUGGCUCUGCCUGAUGACCCUGAACAUCCUGAUAUUUUCCAGCUAAAUAACCCUGACAAAGGUAAUGUUUACAAGUUCCAGACUGGUUCAAGAUUUCAUGCAAUAUUAUGGCAUAAGCAUUUGGAUGAUGCGUGCAGAAGCAACAAGCCUCAGGUAAGACUAGGAAACUGUCUCCACUGGCUUUUACGUAUUUUGCAGAAAACCUUUAAGGGGAGAUACUUCUUUCAAAUCUGCGUGCACAUACAGUCCUGUGGGGACAAGUCAUUUUGUACACUGAUACGGAUUUUCAGUAGGAGGAAUAAAAGAUAUUUGAAACUACUGAGUACCCACUUGAAAUCAAGAUUAGUACCAAUCUACCUAUAAGUUUGGAGACGUUAACGGUGUACAACGUCUGAAAUAGCUUCUUCAAGCACUAAUGUAGCCCUAUCUUUACUACACAAGGGGCUUAAUCAUGAACAAAGAAGGUAGCCAACAUACUGAAAAUUAAACUGAUGACUGGGCUUAUAAAUACAUUGAAGAGAAUGUCCUAUGUAAUGCUUUCUGUCCUGUCUGUCCUUUAUAUAGCAGCUUCAUUUUUUAGGGGGAAAAAAAAAAAAAAAAAAAAAAAAGUUCAUUCUGGAAAGGUUUCCAGAGGCUUAUAUUAAUAGGAUGCUCGGCUACACAGGACAUGUAACAGGACACAGCUCAAAAAUCUUAUUUACGCAUACAUGCACAUUCUAUGCGUACUAAUAACUUCUUACAAUACUCCGACUGGAUUUGGUCCACAAGGAGAAAAAUCAUUUGUGUCUUUUAUCUUUUUUUUCAGUUAUGGGGUUAGGUCUCUUUUGGAUUUGUUUGAGACUGAUGACACUUUCUCAUUGAAUGAUGUAUUAUUGUCUCACUGGAUUUAGGUUACAUAUCAGGGCAGUUUUUCACUCCAAGGUGCUGACACACUGUAAAGGGCUGCACAGACUGGUUGUGAAUGCCCCAUCCCUGGAGGUUUUCAAGGCCAGGUUGUACAUAGCCCUGGGCAACAUGACCUGGUGCCUGAUUUAGUGGUUGCAACUCUCCCCACAGCAGGAGUGUUGGAACUAAGAUAAUCUUUGAGGUCCCUUGCAACCCAAGCCAUUCUGUAAUUCUAUGAUUUUGUAGCUUUACAAUGCUGUAAUAUGCUGAGGAGCAAUAUACUGCUGAAUAAUGUACAUUCUCUUCCAGGCACCUGCUAAUCUAAUGUCAUUUGAAUAAUUUGCUCUUACCUGAUGUGACUUCAAGUGCCAAACUGAAGAAACAAGCUAUUGUUCUUGGAGGAAGAGGAGAAAAUAAUAGUUUUCCUGAUGUAAGCCAGCCGCAACUACUUCAGCACUUUUCUGUGUAACUUGAAAGUGAUUCUGACACAGCUUUUAAAAGCAGAAAGUGAAUGUUGUCCUUAGAACCAGAUAGAGUCUCAUGCACUGAGUGGACGUAGACCAGUUAGAGGGACACAAGAUUAAUCCUGACUCCUGCAGGAUUCUAGAGUUUUCAGCUUUCUGUGGUCACAGACUGCCUCUGAACUGAUGUUUGACCACAAACUAAGCAUCAUAUCUUCUGCCUCCCCUUUUUUAAAUUACUCUUUUUAUUGUUAAGCUGCUUCGUGUGACUGAAGAACAUUUGGCCCAUGUUGGGUUUCAGUUCUUUAUAGUGCACAAAAUAAUUGACAGUGUUAACUUGCUGCAGAGUGUCAAUUAGGAUAGAAAAUUGUGGAACAACGUUUUUAUAACAUGAGUGCACUGAGUUGCUUUGCAAUGUGGCUGCCUCAGAUUUUGUAUCAAAUCUCUGGAUGAUUCUUUUCAAAUUUGAGCUAUAUGGUAAAAAUGUAUUUUGGCACAGAGCACUUAUUUUUAUUUGGUUAUGUUAUUCUGGAAUACCUUGACAAUGAAUUUAAGGUAUAUGGUUUUAAAUCUAUUUGUGUUAAAGGUCUUUUUUUGUUCUCUAACUGGCCAUAUAACUGUUACAGUUUGAUUUUUGUUUGUCUGUUUGUUUGCUUUUUAAAUCUGAAUGUUGGUCAUCAUAAAGGGAACUGCUCUUCCUUGUUAAAGGGCAGCAAGUAAUCAGGUUGUACAAUACACAGUGCCCUGACUCCUCAGAAUGGUUCCAUAACAUUAUUUGCUGUACUGUCUUUCUGUUGAUGACUCAGCCUUGCUCAAUUCCAGUACAUGAUGCACCUUUAUGGCAUACAGUCAUGGUUCUGCAUUUCCAAAAUCAUGUUGGCGUUGAAAGCUAGGCAAGACUGUCUGGUAGUGCAACAAUUACAUAGAAGCCUAUACAUUUAUGCCCACAGAAUUAAAAAGGGAAAAGCAACAACAACAACCAGCCUUCUCAUUAUCUGAGCCUUUUCCUGUACAGGAACUCUUCCUACAUUCAUAGCUGUAUCCCUGCUGUGCCAUAGCACAAACGUAGUCACAGUUCUUUUCUAUUCUCAUGAUAAGUUCCAUGCUUUUCUGGUUAAAAACUCUUCUGCUGUAAUAAUGUCUAAUUAAACCUUGUUAAUUGUAGGAAGAGGAAAAUCUUCUAUGUUUCCUAGGACUGCAGGGAGGAGAAAUUUGCAAGCCAAGAUCUAGAUUACAGACCAUGAAAAAUCGGAAGUCAGUUUCAAUAGACAGAGCCUAUAUUAGAACAGUCCUGCUUAUAUUAGUGGUAUUUGUUCUGUGGCCUUUUGUAAUUUUCUGAAUUUUUAUUUUGAAACUUCUCUAACGAUGGUCCGUAUUGUUGAAUGGAGGUCAACUGUAGUUUUUGUGUUAUUUUGAGUGUUUGUCCUGAGAAUGAAGCCUAAAGCAUACCACAUUUUCAAAAAUAGUACAGAUCCUGACAGCUCCUGUGAGUAGGUCCUGGGACGUGAAAAUUAAUGUAAAGUUGACAGAUAUUCUUUGAUGACACAUGAUUUGUGUUAUAAAAACAAACAAACAAACAAGAUGUAUUUACAUUUUUUUUCUCCUUGCUUGUUAAAAUAAUACAGUAGUGGACCAAGAAAAACACAAGUGUCUGUGAAGGCAGGACAUCCAGUGCUGCUAAUGUAAAAUGUAAAAGCUUUUAAAUGUGGCGAAUCAGUAAAUCAAUUAAAAAUGUUAUAAUACAUCAUUGGAAUUAUUCUGCACCUGUGUACUUCAGUGAUUUGUUAUCAGCAAGAAUAUUCAUAAGGACACAGGUUACAUGGGUUGUGAUUUUACUGCGUAUGCUACCUAUCGCCAUGUGUGUUGUAUGCUUUUAGCACUGAUAUGGUUUGAACCAUAUGCAGUUUUGUCACUACUUUAGAUCACACUUAGACCCUUAAAGCUGGGGAAAACUUCUCAAUACUUGUGCAGACACAAUUUCUGUUAAAAGGGUUGCUGGAACACUGCCAUAGCAGAAACAUCCCUGCAUUACUGGUUUAAAUGUGAGCUUCCAAAAACUACCCCAGAGGAAAUUGGUUCUUUCUUUUAAAUCGUGUUUAAAUGAAUUCUCUCUUACAUUUGCAAAAUAAGGCUUAUUUAUUUCUCUGAUUAUGGAACACUAAAAUUCUUGUAAAAUAACAAAAUAAACCAAAUGCUUCUGUUCUGCAUCAGCAUGCAUUUGGCCAUCACGAGCAAAUAACUUGUCUGAGAUCAUGUCAAAAAAGUCACAGAAAGUUUAUUGAAAGAACAGUUAAAAUAUUGCCCAAUAUACAUUUUAGGUGGACUAGCAAAUAAAUACCUAGUAAAUAAGGUAUUGUCUACUCAAGUGAAAUCUUAACUGCAAACUUCAAGAACAGUGACCAAAAAACAACGGUGCAUGUAAACUUUUAUAUUUAUGUUACUUUAUUAGUGGCCCUUGAUCCUUAAAAGGGAAUAUCCUGAUCUGUCUUAAGUGUAAGUUAAAUUCAAAAUGGAGCACUUAUUGGCACAAAGCAUAUGCAUUAGAAGCAUGUAAACAACCACUCAUUUCUCAUUUCUGGUGUGAUGUAGUGGAAGACAACACCAGUGACAUAUUGUCCAGUGUACUGCAGUUGAGAUAAACUAGUGGAUGUUGUGGCAGCUUUCAGUUACGUCUGACACAGCUCCCUUGGAAAAAGGAAAGAUUGCCUGUACACAUUUGGAACUUAGUACUGUUUUAGGCUUUAAGUGUCUCAAAAGCAUUGUAUAUGUUACUGUAAAAUUCCUCAAAAAUAUACUUUUACUCAAAAUUAUGUGCCAUAGAGCGUUUUGCCCAAGUUAGAAAAGGAUUGAUUUUCACUUCUUUUAAAGCAGAUUCCUAACUAAAAACAUAAUGUCUUUGACAGAAAGGUUCCAAAAUAGUGUGCUGUGAAUGGAUGGAAGCACUUCUGAAUGAUUAUUGCACCCAUUUAUUUAUCAGAUAUAUCUAUAUAUCUGAACAUAUGUAUAAAUAUAUAUAUGUUAACUGGAGAAACAAAAUCCUUCAAAAAAUAAUCCUACUCGAAACCUUGGAAUUUGGAAGUGUGUCAGAAGAGCCUGGAAAGUGAAAAAGUUUAUGGAAGGGAAGUGAACAUAGCAGAUAGAUAAUGCACAAUAGUCAUCUUUUCAGUAUAGCACAAUUGGGAAAUCACUGUACAAUAUAAAUUAAUAAAUCAGAGUAAUGAAGAAGUGUAAUAAUAUUGUUAAAAUAUCUUGAUCCAAUAUUAGAUGAGUUUAUGUUUAUUAAAUAGCUUGUAGCUACUGGUUAGAGGGUUUUUGUUGUCAUUUGGUACCACUUCCUCUUAUCAGGUACUUUUACUGUCAGUUGAAAGCUGUUGUUGGUACACAGCAUAUUGCAGAUAAGUACUGGUGAAUACAGCAGUGUUUUCUUGAAAUAUAAGAAACCGUGCAACCAUCAAAAAGAAAGUAGUAGUUGUACAGAAAUACAUGUUAUCUCAGAAUGACCGUUCCCAGAAUUGUGAAGAUAUAAAAUGUUUAGGCAAUAUUAUUCCCUUAUUUAUCUGUAUUGUCAGUGUCAGUAAGUGCCAAAAUACAUGUUUGUCCAAAUAGCACUAAAACGAGGCAGUAGUUUUCAAAUUGCAACUUGUCAUAUUAUAGUCUAAACAAAUUUCAACAUUUUGGCUUGUUUGGGGUGAAAACUGUUGCACUAUUUUUGGCUGUAUUUUCCGGCAGUCCACUGCAUGCCAUUUGUGUAAGAAUUAUUUCUACAAUUCUUGUGAAAUGUCUCCCCUGUAAUAACCACUAAACUCUAGCAUUGGAAUCUGGGUUUUUGGCAAAGUAUUUUGUUACCUCAGUCUUGUAUCGAUUUGCUGUAUUUUUCAGCUUGUUACAUUGAUAAUGUUUGUUUCAUUGAUUAAAUAAUGUAAAAAAAGAAAAAACAAAACAAAAGGUUGUUUACUUUGGAAGUAAUUGCAAUUGGUUGUAAAUUCAAAGAUGUGUGAAGUGUGUAUGCCAUUAUCAAUAAAAUAGUUUGAAAAAGA